AGGGCCCCAGUGGUCACCCAGGGGUGGAAAGAUAACUGUCACCGAUAAACCUCCCAAAUAAUUUUAUGUCUUGCCGCCAGUCAUCUCUUCACCAGCAAAUUCAACCCAAAUAAUGCUCAAAUUGAGCAGCUAAAACGACAACGGAGACUCAUAUCAGAUGUCGUUUCUCUCACUUCUCUCACCGCCUCGCUUCUCUCUCAUCACCUCUCAAACAACCACCACUUUCGCCGUUCACAGCUCUCCCUCUCCGCCGCCGCCGACGAGCAUCUCUCUGCCAACGCCGCCAAUCUCCGACCAGUCUCCGCCGCUAAGUUGCGCUCUCCACUGCUCUCACUUCAACUCGUGUUCUGGUUGCACACAUGAGUUCAAUCUGCACCGGCCAGCUAUUGUUGAUGAAGCUUCAGUCUUUUUUAAGAAUUUCGGUGUUAAGGAUUUUAGUUUCGAUACAUGUAGACUGUGGGGAUGGAGGUGCCGUGCAAAACUAGCAGUUCGUGGUUCAGCAUCUGACCCUGUGAUCGGGCUCUAUGAAGAGGGUACUCAUAAUGUAGUUGAUAUUCCUGACUGUAAAGCUCAUCACCCAAACAUUAAUGCAGCUGUGGAUCUUCUAAGAAAAGGUAUGGUUGAAUUCAAGAUCCAUCCAUACGAUGAAGACCAGGGGACUGGUCUAUUGAGAUAUGUUCAAAUGGCCGUAACUACAUACAAUACAUCGCUCCCCGCUUCAGAACGAUAUAGAAAUGGCAAAGUACAGCUUUCCUUAGUUUGGAAUUCAAGAAAUGAAAAUUCACCCUUUUCAGAUAGACUAGAUGCCCUGGCUAAGUUCCUGUGGAAGUAUGGUGGCCCUAACAGUAAGCACCACUUGAUUCAUUCUGUAUGGGUUAACUUUCAAACAUCAACGAACAAUAUAAUAUUUGGUAAUAGAUGGAGGCAUCUCCUGGGGGAAAGAGAUUUGUGGGAGCAUGUUGGAGGAAUUGAUGUUUCCAUGGCUCCUUCAAGCUUUGGUCAAGCAAAUACUAGGGCUUUCGAUUCCUUGCUCCGGAAGCUACACAAGUAUGUUCCGUACGGCACCUCAGUUGCUGAUCUUUAUGCAGGAGCUGGUGUCAUUGGACUAUCAUUGGCAGCUGCAAGAAAAUGCAGGUCGGUUAAAUGUGUUGAGGUCAACAAAGAAUCAAAGCUAUCUUUUGAGAAGACAGCAGAGCGACUACCAGUCAGUGUGGAUAGUAGCAUCAGCUGGCACCAUGCUGACACUUCUAUUGAACCACUUACAUGGCUUGUGGGGGCUGAUGUUGUCGUUGUUGAUCCACCCAGGAAGGGACUGGACCCAUCCUUAGUUAAUUUAUUGCGAAAUAUAUCAUCAGUGGAGCGUAAAGUAAACAUAUCUGGAAGUCCUGUUGCAAAAGUUAAAGAUGAAAAGAGGCCUUGGGUUAUACGUUCGAAAGAAGCCUCACUGCAGAUUCGGAGUCAAACAGUGCAUGAGGAGAGUCAAGCGCUACCUCGGACUCUUAUCUAUAUAAGUUGUGGCUGGGAGAGUUUUAAGGAGGAUUGCAAGAUGUUGCUAUCUAGUAAGGCAUGGCAUCUGGAUAAAGCACAUGGUUUUAAUUUCUUUCCCGGAACCCAGAGCAUUGAGGUGUUGGCAGUGUUUAAAAGAGGACCAGGAGUAGGCAACAAGAAAAAGAAACCUGGAAAGAAGAAGAAGAAGAAAACCACUUUAAAAAAUAUUUAGACAUAGUUGCCACAUAGCUGGUUGCUCUUCACAUGUGCUUAACCAGGAAGGAGAAAUUUUUUUGAUGUCGAACAAAAAUUUCUCUAGCAUUACAUAUUUUUGUGAAGGGUCUGUAACCCGAGUAUUUUGUCAAUAAUGUAACAUCUGACAAUUUUUUAGAUAAAAAUUUUCUACAUGUGGUAGUUUUGCUGCU